UUUUACUUUUCUCUCUCUCAGCUUUGUUCUACUUUAUUCUCCCAAAAAAAAGAAAAAAAGGAAGCUUUGUUCUACUUCGUCCAGAAGUAAGCUCCGUCAGCACAUUAUUUUUAUACAUCUCUCUCUCUCUCUCCCUCUCACACUCUCUCUCUUACUCUCUCUAAGCUAAUGUUCAGCUGAAAUCUCUGGUUUUACAUAUUUGUGUGUGUAUUUUGGGAAGUUGUUAUACGUACGAAUAUGGAGGCUACAGCGAGAGAACACAUUGAAGAGAUACGUAGAACAAAGUUCUCUAUCGGAGGGGAUCAUAACCCACUAAUAGAGGAUCUUCACCAGGCUGUCAAGAACCUCUCCGCUGAGCUUUAUGCCAAGGAUGUACAUUUUCUCAUGGAACUUAUUCAGAAUGCUGAAGAUAAUGAUUAUUGGGAGGGGGUGGAUCCAUCUCUUGAGUUUGUCAUAACUUUUGAGGACAUUACAGCCACUGGUGCUCUAGCAACAUUGCUGAUUUUCAACAAUGAGAAAGGUUUCUCAUCGAAAAACAUUGACUCUAUUUGCAGUGUUGGUCGGUCCACCAAGAAAGGCAAUAGGAAACGCGGUUAUAUUGGAGAAAAAGGAAUUGGAUUUAAGAGUGUCUUUCUAGUUAGUUCUCAGCCAUACAUAUUCAGCAAUGGAUAUCAAAUACGGUUCAAUGAAGAGCCCUGCCCACAUUGCAAUCUUGGGUACAUUGUUCCCGAAUGGGUUGAGAACCCAACUCUCUCUGACAUAAAAGAAAUAUAUGGUAAUGGAACUACUCUUCCUACAACAACAAUAGUCUUACCUCUGAAGUUUGAUACACUCAAAUCUGUGAAGCAGAAGCUCUCAAAUGUUCAUCCUGAAGUUCUAUUGUUCUUAUCAAAGAUUAGGCAGCUUUCAGUAAGGGAACGUACCAAGGAUCCUAAGCUCAAUACUGUAAGUGCAAUAGCCAUUACGAGUGAGACUGAAUUCAUGGUGAGGAAGAAGAUUGAUGCUGUGUCCUACACACUCCAUCUCUCUGCUGAAGAGAAGGGUAAGGGGCCCAAUGGUGAAUGCAGAUACUAUAUGUGGAAGCAAAGUUUUCCUGUCAAGCAGGAAAACAAAGUGGAAAGGAGAAUGGAAGUGGAAGAAUGGGUGAUCACAUUGGCUUUUCCUUUUGAAGAGCGCCUCCACAGGGGGAUGAACUCAAUUGGGAUCUAUGCAUUUCUUCCCACAGAGAUGGUUACCAACUUUCCCUUCAUAAUUCAGGCAGAUUUUCUUCUUGCCUCAUCAAGGGAAACAAUUCUCUUGGACAACAAGUGGAACCAAGGGAUUCUUGACUGCGUGGCCUCUGCUUUUAUCAAUGCGUUUGUUUCUCUAGUUAAAACUUCUGAAAAUGCUCCAAUAUCUAGUUUGGCUCCCAUGUUCAGGUUCAUUCCCAUCAAUGGCUCUUCUUAUCAACAGCUGAAUGUUGUCAGGGAGUCCAUUAAGUCAAAGCUUCUUGAAGAAAGUAUUCUUCCAAGUGAGUCUUACACGCAGCAAAAGGUCUUUCAUCAACCUCGUGAAGUUGCUAGGCUCAUACCUUCUUUUUGGACCAUUCUAGAGAAGGCAAGGAAGCAAGGGGUAAGCUUGGUUCAUCUUUCAUCACAUGGAAAGUACAUUUUGAGCUCUUCAUUUGAUAGAACGGAAUAUGAACACAUACUGAAUUUCUUGGGGGUGGAACUAGCCAACAAUGAAUGGUACGCAAAGUGCAUCCAGAGUUCUAAACUUGUUGAAGGAGUGUCAGAGGAGACAUAUUUGGAGCUUUUACUGUUUAUUGCUAAUAACUGGAGGUCCAAAUUUCACUAUACCAAAAUCAAGGACAUACCACUAAUAAAAUAUGUGGGUCCCUAUGGCGACGUGUCUUUGUGUAGCAUAAAUGAGUCAGUGCAGUUGAAUUGUGACAGAGUGGUGUCCUUAUCCCGUCAUUCUGAACAUAUCUCAUGGCUGAUUUAUUGGAACAAGGAAUUCAAAUGUCCAGCCAAUUACUUCUUUUGGCCGAAAAGCACACAAGAAGCUAUCAGGUUAUUCUCUGAGUGGAAAAUAGUGUUGGGAUGGCUACUAGAUCAUGUAAAGGUUGAUGCUGUGAAUGUAUAUGAAUAUGCAGUUCACCUUAACAAUUGUCUCAAUAGUUUCCAGAAGUGUGCUAUUGGCUUUGUUCACUUCUUGUACCACUCACUUCAAAAAUCUUAUCUUUCACAAUGGGAGGUUGGUGCUUUAUGUAAUUCUAUGCCACUUUUAGAUAACUACGGAAAUCUAAACAGACAAAGGACUGGGGUUCUUGUCCCUGCCAAUGGAAGCAAAUGGGCAGGAUUAAUUGGUUCAAAUCCAUGGACAGAUGAAGGCUAUGUUGAGUUAUCCGAAGACUACUUGCAUCCAGGCUGUUCUGCAGGUGAAUAUGCUUCUGGAGAACAGCUCUUAGAGUUCCUUAAAACUUUUGUUGAAGCUUCUGAUAUCCCUUAUAUAUCUCCUCCCAAUGCCGCAAUUCCAACAGUAUCAUCACCACUCACCAAGCAAAAUGCAUUCUUGCUGUUGGGUUGGAUUCGAGACUUGAAACGUAGAGAAAUUAUAAUUCCCUUGAAGUUUUUGAAAUGCAUAAAGGAAGGCUGCUGGCUGAAAAUUACUACUAGUGGCUGUCCUGGUUACAGGCCACCUAUGCAGUCAUUCUUGCUUUCUGCUUCAUUGGGAAACAUUUUGCAGAACGGAUCAGUGCUUGUUGAUAUUCCGUUGAUUGAUCUAAGUUUUUAUGGGGAUGAAAUAAAUGAGUACAAGGAGGAGCUAAAAGAAAUUGGAGUCAUCCCUGAGUAUGGAGAAGCAUGUGAAUUUAUUGGGGAGCAUCUCAUGUCUUUCACAGAAUACUCCACUUUAAGUAGAGACCAAGUGCUGUCUGUAUUAUAUUUCAUCAGAUUUUUAAGGGAAAAGUUUCUUCCCCAGGAUAAGUUCAUCAACAGUAUCAAGGAUAAGAGAUGGCUAAGGACAUGCUGUGGUGACAGGUCUCCAGUUGAAGCUGUUUUGUUUGAUGAUGAUUGGAAAACUGCAUCACAAAUUAGUAGCAUCCCCUUCAUUGAUAAAGAUUACUUUGGAGAAGAAAUCCUUUCUUUUAGGGAGGAACUCAAGUCGCUUGGUGUUUUAAUUGGCUUCAGUGAUCAUUACAAGCUCGUCGUAGACAACUUAAAAUCAGCUUCACAGUUGACUUCUCUUACAGCUGAGGCAGUUCUUUUGAUACUGGAAUGUAUGCAUCGUGUAGGAUCAUUUAAGAAACUUACUAAGGCAUUGAGAGGUGUGAAAUGCUUCAAGACGAAUCUUGGGUACAAGACUCCAGGAGAAUGUUUCUUGUUUGACCCUCAAUGGGUUUGCAUUCUACAGGUUUUUGAAGGUUUUGCAUUGAUUGAUCAUGAUUUCCAUGGAAGCAGUAUCUUCUCUUACAGAAAUGAGUUGAAGCGAAUAGGAGUGAAGGUGAAUUUUGAGGCGGCAGUCAAAGUAUUUACUAACAGAUUCAAGCAGCAAGCAUCUUACAUGACAAAAGAAAACGUUCUCUCUUUUCUUUCAUGUUAUAGGCAGCUAAACAAUACUCCUUAUAUGUUUCCUUCAGAUCUAAUGAUAUGCAUCCGUGAUCUCUGGUGGUUGUGGACUAGGCAUGGUGUUAAAAAUCCGUUAAAUUGCAUUUUGUUUGGGCCAGAUUGGCAGUCAAUUUUGCCAAUUACUGACCUCCCUUUCAUAGAUGACAGUGACAACUGUUAUGGCAAGGUCAUUCAUGAAUACAAGGAAGAGCUGAAGAGCAUGGGAGUUAUUGUUGAAUUCAAAGAUGGUGCGAAGUUUGUGGUUGAAGCUAUUCACUCUCCCUUGGAUUCCACCAGCAUAACUCCUGCAACUGUGUUUUCAUUGCUGGAAUGCAUCCGGAUUUUAACGCAAGCUAGGAAUUAUUUCUCUCCAAUUGCUUUGUCAAUGAGAAUUUCUAAAAAAUGGUUGAAGACCACUAUUGGUUAUAGGUUUCCAGACGAGUGCUUAUUGUUCGAUUCUAGUUGGGGCUUUUACUUGCAGCGGACAGAUGGACCUUUCAUUGAUGAAGAUUUUUAUGGUUCUAAAAUUACAUCCUACAAAGAAGAGCUCAACAUAUUAGGAGUCACCCUUGAUUUUAGGAAAGGAUACUCACUGAUUGCCAGCCACCUUGAUUUCCAUGUUCAGUUGCCUACUAUAGUGCGGAUAUAUAAUUACUUAAGUAAAUGUAAUUGGAAGCCAGACAGUGAAGUUGCCAAAAGGAUUUGGAUCCCAAAUUUAAAUCAGAUUGGAGAAUGGGUUAGCCCCGAAGAAUGUGUUCUGCAUGACAAGGAUGGUCUCUUCAGUUCGCAGCUGAAAGUUCUUGACAAAUAUUUUGAAACUGAGUUACUUGACUUUUUCUCCAAUGCUUUCGGUGUUGGAAAAUAUCCUUCAGUGGACAAGUACUGUAAUCUUUGGAAGGUUUGGGAGAGUUCAGGGCACCGAUUGUCACAUGCUGACUGUUGUAAGUUCUGGUCUUUUGUUUCAAAGCACGGGAGUGCAGAGACUCUGGCUGAUAGGUUGGUGAAAUUACCAGUUGGUUCUUCUGACUCAGAUAGAAUUUUGUUGUCCAACAAGCAUGAUGUUUUUAUUGCUGAUGAUCCUCAACUGAAGGAUCUUUUUGAACAGUCUUCUUCUCAACCCUUAUUUGUCUGGUGCCCUCAGCCAAGCAUGCCUUCUUUACCUCCAACAAAGUUGCUUGAAAUUUACAGGAAAGUAGGUGUUUGCACUAUAUCUGAAUCUGUACAAAAGGAAGAAUCAUCCUCAGUGGAUGUUGCUAAACUCAAUCCGGUGAAUCCAAAGGAGUUUUUGAUUGCAAAAGGUCUGGUUAUGCUAAUCCUUGGUUUUCUGGCAAAUCCUGUGAUGAAAAUGGGAGCAAAAAAGCGGCAUGAAACUAUUCAAGGGCUUCUGAAUAUAACUUUCCUUGAGACAGUUGAACCAAUCACUGUAAACUACAGCUUAUCGCUUUCUUCAGGGGAGAUCGUAAAUGCAAGAGCAAGCAAAAUUAUACACUUGGAUAGAAAGGCUUCAAUUUUUUUCGCACAGAAGUUGGAUAGGUCUAGUGGAUAUAAGAAUCUCAUUGAAUAUGCUACAUAUUUUUCUGAGGCAAUAUCCGAGGGUGUGUUAUGGGAGAAAAGCGAUCAUGUUGGUGCACUCUCAGAGCUGAUCAAGUUGGCCUUUAUGCUGGAAUUUAAUGAGGAAGCGGUCAUAUAUUUAAUGAAGUCCAAGAAUUUGCAAAUUAUCAAGAAGGACAAAAAGUUUCUUGCUUCUGCCUUCCCUUCUGACUAAUUAUACGCCAUAAGUUGUUAAUGUUUUAAGUGUUUGUUUCAUUGAUUUCCUGUAAAAAAUGAAUCAGUUACUGCACUACUAAGUUUACUGGUCAGUGAUAAGUUUAAACUUCAUUUUGUUUUGUCCAGGGCUUUUCUUUUCUUUUUUUACUCCUGUGUUGUGGUGCUUCUCAUUUCUAUUUUUACUCUAAUUUUGAACUAAAUGAUAAUGUGUGGCGUUGCCAUGUAUAUUUUUUAGAAUGGAGUGGUUGGUUUUUUCUAUU